AUGCAACCAAAUCACUGCGACCUGCUGGGUCAGGUGCGCGAGCCCAGAGCCGCAAGUCAACUGAUGCGCGAUGGCCACUCGCGCGAUCCUGGUCAGCCCCGACCAUCCGGUGCGGCUGGCAUGAGAUCAGAGGACUCUUGGAUCGAAGUAUCAUCGCAGCCGUCGUCUUCGUCCUUGUCCUCGGCGGCUACAAACGACGAUAUCAUUACGACUGGUCUCCGGGUGGACAAUCGAGUGAGAGGCAUGUACCAGCACCGCAGUCGACGACGGCGCCUUCAACACCUGGCUGCCGUUACCACAGCCCAGGUAGACUACUCCUCGCGCGACACUAGCCUGGCUAGCAGCAGCCAAGAAGAAUACGAGGAGAGUGAGAGUGAGCCCGAUCCCAAUUUGAGCAGUUCCAACGAGGAUAUGAAUCGCCCGGCUCUGAGGGUUCCGCUCCCCGCACUCCCAUCCAACCCCUCCGAUGCAGAUGCGGCCUCGAGCGAUGAUGAAGAUGACGAUGCUUCCACUGCGCUGGGCAUGGGUAUCAGCCCAUCGCCAUUUGUCCCACAGCCAAACGUAUUUUCUCAUCCACCGGCAACAAGUGACCCGUCCUGGACUCGUCCUAACGAGUCGCGCCGAUCUCAACCCAGCGUGCUUUCAACCUCCAGUCGCCGCACCGCAAUCCGCCGAGAUUCAUACCCACCUAGCACACGUUCCCGUAGAUCACAACAGUCCCAGCACAGCCCCUUCAACAUGAUAUCACCUUCCCAUCACGCAGAUCAUGAUGCUGCCCUUCGAGCUAGUCUCUCUACCCUCCUGUCAUGUGCUGCUGCUGCUCGGGGUCUCCCCAAAGCAGACAAUCAACCUAUUUCAUCUGGUCCUUCAGGCCCCGCCCAACCAUCAACAUUCCGCCUGGUUGGUGAAUCGGUCGCUUUGGGCGAUGAAAGCGGCGAAGGAGCUCACUCGCCGCGGUAUACAGAAACCAGUCCCUCAGUGGGCGCGCCCCACCGGAGACCCCGCGCAGUGGCGACACCCGGCCCACCGAUCGCCAAAGCCAAGCGCCGGUCAAUGUCUCCCAAAGACCGCACCGCCGCACCCAAGAAGAGUCGCCGUGCAAGUAUAUCAGACUCGGCCGGUCCUGUCAGUCCCACUGUCAUGACGUGGGUGAUCAGUGCCGGCGUCGUGGUCCUGUUCUCUGCAAUCAGCUUCUCGGCUGGAUACAUGCUCGGCCGCGAAGUAGGCCGCAUCGAAGCUGGCAUGAUGGGAGAUGGCAGUGUCCCUGGCGCACGCUCAUCAGCAGCCUGUGGGCAAGAAGCCGUCCGCGGAGGACUGCGGCGCUUCCGUUGGGGAACUGCUGCCGCGACCUCUGCUAGUCUGGCAUGA